UCCCUCUUUCACUUUUCUUUAACACAUUUUCAAUCAUUUCUCUCUGUUUUUCUCCGGCAAAAUGCCCCGCCCUCCGCCACCGUCCUACCACCACCUUCCCCCAUUCCUCCACCACCUCCUCCUCCUCCUUCUCCUCUCCGCCGCCGCAUCUACCACCGCCUUCAAAUUCAAAGAAGCUCCCGAAUUCUACAACUCACCCACCUGCAUCUCCAUUCAUUCUUCUUCCCCUGAUGACCUCCUCUGUUCCGAUCAGGUCGUCCAUGUGGCCAUGACUCUCGACGCCGCCUAUCUCCGUGGCUCAAUGGCGGCGAUUCUCUCCGUUCUUCAACACUCCUCUUGCCCACAGAACAUUAUCUUCCAUUUCCUCUCCUCUGUUUCCACCGACACUCAAUCCCUCCGAUUCACCAUCGCCAAUUCCUUCCCUUACCUUAAAUUUCAAAUUUACACAUUCGACGCCGGCGCCGUUGCCGGUUUAAUCUCCACUUCCAUCCGCUCUGCCCUUGAUUCCCCACUCAAUUACGCUCGCAAUUACUUGGCUUCCUUAAUCCCCCACUGUGUCAAACGCGUCGUCUAUUUGGACUCCGAUUUGAUCCUCGUCGACGACAUUGCCAAACUUGCCGCUACCCCACUUGGGGAAACCGCUGUCCUCGCCGCGCCGGAGUAUUGUAACGCCAAUUUGACAUCCUAUUUCACACCCAGUUUUUGGUCAAACCCCACUCUGUCCCUCACCUUCGCCGGAAGAAAUGCCUGUUACUUCAACACUGGCGUUAUGGUCAUAGAUCUCCAACGGUGGCGCUCUGGCGACUACACCGCCAAAAUCAUUGAGUGGAUGGAGCUCCAGAAACGAAUGCGGAUCUACGAGCUCGGCUCUCUCCCUCCGUUUCUCCUUGUUUUUGCUGGGUUUAUAGCUCCUGUGGACCACCGGUGGAACCAGCACGGCCUCGGUGGGGAUAAUUUCCGAGGACUAUGCCGGAAUUUGCACCCUGGUCCGGUGAGUCUCUUGCAUUGGAGUGGAAAAGGGAAACCGUGGGUUCGGCUUGAUUCGAACCGGCCUUGUCCACUUGACGCUCUUUGGGCUCCUUAUGAUCUUUUACAAACACCCUUUGCUCUUGAAUCUUAGUUUCUAAAAACAGGGGAAUUACAAUUUCAACUAAAAUUACAUUACUUCUUUGUUCAUAUGUUUUUUAGAUUAGAUUAGAGGAGAUUUAAGUAUCGGUAUCCCUCAAUCUUGUCUACAAAGAGAGAUUUUCCCACAUCUUUAUUGUACGUUAAUACAGACACACCCUAUUAACAAAAGCUUCUUCAUUAUUAUCAUUA